AUGUUGCAGCGACCGCUGGGCUUCCGGUGCCUGAAGCCGCGCACCCGUUGGCGCAGCGCGACGCGCCAGGUGCUCGCCAACCUGUCGUGGCUCGCCGUGGACGAGGACGACCUCCCCGCCGGCACCGUCAACCUGGUGGCGCUGCUCACCAUGCGCCGCAAGCGCGCCGGCGACCUGUCCAUCUGCGAGAAGGCGCUGCUUCGCCGUCCCCACGAUGAGCGGACGCCCGAAGAGAAGGAGAUCCUCGCGAGCCUGUUCAGCGGCCUGCGCUGCUUCCGGCGUUACCCGGAGCACGUGCGCCGGCUCAUGGCGGGCUUCGUGUCCUUCGAGUGCUACGGCGCCGGACGCACCGUGACGCGCGUGGGCCACAAGUGCAUGGGCAUGUACUUCGUGCUGAGCGGCUCGCUGGAGGAGUGGCGCGAGGUGCAGGACCCGCUGGCCGGCCCCACGCUCAAGCUGCACGCCACCCUGGGCCCCGGCGACGCCCUGGGCGAGGUGUCCCUGCUCCACGACACGGACCGCUCCUCCACCACCGUCACCACGUCGGUGGUGGAGGUGCUGCUGCUGCAGAAGCGCGACUUCGACAAUGUCCUCAAGGCCUCCAUCAUGAAGACGUGGGAGGAGAUCCGGGAGGCGAUGGCCACCUUCCCGUACUUCGAGCAGUGGGGCGAGGUGGCGCUGCGCGAGACGUGCAUCCUGGCCAAGAUCUCCCACUUCAAGACCGGCGACACGAUCCUAGGCGACGGGCACGGCCAGGCGAACAUGGCCUACUUCCUGAUCCGCGGGCGGGCGCGCCUCAUCCAGCACCUGCUGCUCGUGCCCAAAGUCUCGAGCACGGGGCUCGUCAAGUACCGCUGUCUGCCGCCAGGCUCGACCACGUUCCCGGCCGGCACGCAGACGCACUUUAUGCAGGUGGCCAUCUUCAGCAGGGGCGAGUGCUUCGGCAUAGGUGAGGACAUGGUGGACCGGCGCGUGGUGGCCGACGGCCCGGUGUCGGCGCUGCUGGUGCCCCGCUACGUGCUGCAGCAGCGCGGCCACGGCAACCUGUGGGCCAGGAUCAGGAGGUUCCUCAACUCGCGCUUCCCCUCGCAGGACGCGCUGCUCAAGCAGUUCCUCAAUGGGCGCGACUGGGCCAAGUACCGGCGGGACCUGGUGCUGCACCUGCUGCAGGGCCGCCCGCCCCUGGCCGACACCACGAUCCACGACGUGCCGCUCUCGCUGCGCACCCGGAAGUGCGCCCCCUCCGAGAAGUGAGUCGGCCGGCUGCUAUCGUGCUCGUGUGUGCUCCUGGCGCUGCACCGCGCCGCCCGGGCAGUGGCGGCAAGGGCGCG